AUAUCAUCACUGUUCUAUCAGUUCUAAGCAACUGGGAAUCUUUGAGAAAACCUAUAAGGAAUACGGACUACAACAAACUAAAGUGUUUGCAAGGUUUCAGGAUAUUAACCAUGUGGUUGGUGGUGGGCGGUCAUAGCAUUAUAAUAGCUGGUACUACCUAUGUGGCCAACACCAAGAUAAUAGAUUAUUUUCUAUUAAAUUUGUUUGGAAGAUGUUUGAUAAAUUUUUCACUUCUUCUGAUCCAAUCUAAUUUUUUGAUGUCCGGAUGGCUUCGCACCAUUCAAAUUUACAACGAUGUAGAGAAGUCCGAUGAUAAGAAAUUGUCAGUGAACAUGAUAACAAAAACGUUGACCGCUAGGUACUUGCG